AUGUGUGCUAUUCGAAGCAAGAGCAUCGAUUGCAUUCGAGCAUUACGUAACGCUGGCGCACAUCUCACGUGGAAAUCCGUUGAUUUGGGAAUUGAAAUGUGCUUGGCUUCAAGUAGUGAAGAUUUGAAAACGCUGUCCGCAUGGGUGGCGGCUGGUGUUGAUCCAAAUCAAGCCGAUUAUGACGGACGAACUGCACUGCAUAUUGCAGUUGAGAACGGUAGUAAGGAAAUCGUUGAAUAUCUCUUGAAGAACGGAGCUAAUCCAGAAGCAGCCGAUAAAUUUGGUAACACACCAAUGAGCAGGGCAAUAGCUCAAGAUGAUGCGGAAGUUAUGCAAAUGCUCAGAACAUUGCAUGGUCCCUCACCGUUACCGUCCAUAUUGUUCGCCUUCAACGAUUCGCAGAGGUCAUCUCCUUCGCUUUGA